GGCUUCCUCCCAACAACCAGUGCCAGGUUGGCUACAAAAGCGGGCGGCCAUUGGGGAACUUCGGCAGUCGUUGCUAGCGAGUUAGCCUGUUUGCAAGUCCUUUAUAGAAAUAGUGAAAAUUCGAUGGUAAAAAUAGGAAAACCCACCUCAGUCAGUGUGCAGGACGGCAUUUGCAACCGGAUGCAGGCGUGCGUGACAGUUUAGAAUUAAAGCCGAAUAGCUCAGACGCGGAAAGUUAGUUAGAUAAUUGCCCAGCAUGUUCUUUCGCCGCAUUUUGGAGCGCAAGGAUAGCACUAUCGCUAGCGCAGAGCCGCUUCCCGUGACCAAAAACGGAUACAACAGCGAGGACAGUGAGAGUGUCACCUACCUGAGUGGCACUGCCAGUGGCGCUGCCGCCAGCGAAGUCAAGGACAGUAAUAACAACAGCAGCAACAACAUGAACCCCUCCGCCGCCACGAAACUGCAGCGCCGGAUUGAGGCCCCAAUCGGAGCCGUGCAGCUGACGCCGUUGUGGGAGCACAUUCUCCGCACCCGUCGCCUGCCGGAAACAAUUAGCGCAUCAUCUAUUUAUGCAGAGUUCCACGAGCGCCUCCAGGACCCCGAAUGGCAGGUGCGCCAGCACGCCCUGCGCGUUCUCGUCGACGUGCUGGUGGUAAUGCGGAACGAGGCCGAUGACUACAUGGAGGCCCAGCACAUCGUCGCCCUGCUGGUUCGGAAUCUUGGCCACCAGGCGCCCACGGUGCGCAAAGGGGCUCUCGACUGCCUGCGGGUGUACCUGGCCGAGACCAACGUGCCCGAAACGGUCAUGACGCUCAUUCUCGACUCCGGGCUGACCAAGUCGGACGUCGCAGGUCGCCUGAGCUGUGGGGUCUUGCUCUCCCUGCCGGCCCUUCUCCAGUCCGUGCUGCACACUCCCAAGAGGCAUGGAAUCGUUCAGCUGAUUCUGGAGCGAGCCGUCCAGUACCUGGACCAACUGACUCAGCAGGAGAUUGGCCUGAAGGUUCUCUCCAAGAUCAGGGAGCUCCUGGGGGUGCAAGAAUUCGAGGAUGGCAUGAACGACUUGCCCAGCAGCGAUGCCCUGGCAAGGUUCUAUCAGCUGUGCCAGGUCUAUGGGGUGACGGGAGCGCCGACAAGGCUCCACGAGGUGAAAACUGGAGCCUGGCGCGCUGUGCCGCGCGAGGAGAGCUGGAGGAACUCGACGAGCGCCAUCAAGAAACUGGAGAACUGCCCGGACAAGGGAAAGGUCAUCAUGGAGACGGAGAUCAAGAUUAACGAGGACACAGUCACCAUGCGCAUCCUCGAGGCGGACACAGAAACGGAGGAGUCCGGCAGCCCGGUAAGGAGCUUUCCGCCCGACAUGGAGUCUGCAGAGCUGGUCUGCCGUCCUCUCCUGCCGGGGGGCUUGAGCCACCACCAGCACCAUGUGGGGGCUGGCAUCGUCCAGGUCAUAAGCGACUCGGAGCUGGAUGAAACCAAGAGCGCGAGGCCAGAGAGCCUCUCGGAACCCAGUACGCCCUCACGGGGCCUGAAGCGGGUGACCUUUGGAGGGGAAAUCGUGAAGAUGCGAACCCCGGAUAGCGACGCUGCCUCCUCUGGCACCAAGAGGAGCUCCGAGCAGACCGAAGGGGCCAUAACUAUCCUGGCUGUGGAGAAAUCUGUUCCGUCGCCGUCACCCUCGCUGUCCCCGACUCCAGAGGAGACCUCGGCAGUAAACAUUCUUGGUCCGGUUCCAAGCACUACCGUAACAUCAGCGCUCGUUUUGGACAUCCCCUCGGACAACACCCAGCCCCUGCCACCCCCAGUGUCCAGGCCCUUCAGCUCCCAAUCGCUCCGCCGUCCGAGUAUUGCUUCCAGCGACCAGGCGGAGAGUCCCCGCAAGCGUCAGGAGCCGGAGGCGGCAAAGGUUACGACUUCACCACGAUCCCCAGCGUUCCUCCGCAGUCGCAGCACGAGCCCCUCCCAGGUCAGCCCCAAGAUCCCGCACAAGGAGAUCGAGGUUCUGCACAACCUCCAGCAGCGGGAUGUCUCCCCGCGAUCCCAGCGCCUCGAGGACGUCGAGGCCACCAUAGACACUCCAUCACCCUUGCCGGCGCAACUGCGGAAAACGCGCAGCUCCUCCAUUGUGUCGACGGAGUCACCAGCGACCCCCAAGUCCUGGGAGGACCUGGACAUUGUCAACUACCAGACGAUCAUGGACCUGCGAUCCGGGGAUUGGCGUAACCGAUUGCAGGGCAUCGCUAACCUGGAGGUCGCCCUAAGCUCGUCAAGCAACCUGGCCCUGGUUCAGCCCUAUCUGGACAGCCUUCUGCGGUCGCUUCUCUCGUCGGAACGCCGCUUUGAGGUCGCAGAACUGAAGCGGGAGCUGUUGGUAAAUCUCAUCAGCCGCCUGCCUCUGGACAACUUGGAGGAACGCACUCCCCAGAUCCUGACGGGGCUGAGUCGCCAGGGCAAUGCCGGAGCAAACCGGGUGUGCAAGGCGCUGAUGCAGCGACUUCCGGCCGGGACCAUUGUGGCCAAGCUGACUAAUCCCGACUUCCUGCACGCCAAGAGUUCAAAGUUCCGGGACCAUGCGCUGCAAAUGUCCAUCUGUGCCCUGAUGACCUUCCCGGGCACCUGCUUCGACAUCAACCUGCUGACGGCCCAGGCGGUGUAUUCGCUGCUGAACCGCAAGCGGCGAGUGCGCCAGUCGGCCCUGGAAGUGAUUGCCGUCCUGGCGGACAUAUCCUCAGUGAAGGAGGUCCUGAGCAUUGUCUCCGACAUGGCCGUCGGGGUGGACCAGGGCGCCCAGAUGUUGGAGGCAGUGCGAAUGCGUCUCUCCCGCCUGCAGCUGCCAGUUGUGACGCCGGACAGCGCGGUGAUCUUUGUCUUCAACCAGGCCGACCAGCCCGGCGGCAGGCGCUCCGGGGCGGAUGUGGACUGGAUUUUCCAGGGCGAGGGCUCAGCCUCGCCGAACACCAUCAAGAGGCGUCGCAUGCGGGCCGCGAGUCGUCAACAGGGAAACUUUCAGGAGGGCGCAGAUGUCAAAGACUUCAAGGACACGUUUCGUAGUUUCAGUCAAGUCAGCGAAAGCCUGCAUCGCCACUCCUUUCACUCUCCUCCGGAAACCCUUGACAUGACCAGUCCAGCAAAUGACUUUUCCCAGAGGUUAAGUUUUGGAGCUAGAGCAGCAAAUGGAGGCCCAGCCAGCUACGCGGACCGUCGCCUGGUGGCCAAGGCGUGCUCUGACACCUCGAUGGAGGUCCGAAGCACAGACAGCACGACCACCACCUCCAGCAGUGGCAGUGCCACCGUCAGCUACCUGCAUCUCACGGCCCGCCAGGGAGGAAAAUUCUCAGGACCCGGCUUCAGAUUCCCAGCCAUGAACCAGCACACGGACUUUGUAAACAACUUCAUGCGCAGCUACCCGACGGAGGGACCAACCUACCCCAAGAUCAACUACUCCAUCCCCAAGCCCCAGCAGCAGGUGCGAAGGAAACUGCAACACCAGAACUCCUUCUCCAAAGCCCGGUGCUCCGUCGCUGCUCAAGGGGGAGACCCUCAGAGGCGGGAGCAGCACCACUUCACGGUGGAGGGCAACCUGCAGGCCCCGCUGGACUCCGAGUGCGUCGACGUCGCUAAAUCAGUUAACCCGGUAUCGAAGGCGGCUCAGACGGCGGUGAUAGCCACGGAAGUGGCGCCGACGGACGGCUCUCCCCUCUCCGUGAAGUCCACCACCUACUCGCAGAAAUCCACUGCCUCGGCCAAGUCCUGCGGCAGCCACGUCAUCCCGUCCAGGGGCACCAGCCACCAGGGCGACGGGCAGCUAGAGGUGCUGAGCCUAGAGCGAAGUCCCGGCGAUGCCUUCGGAGAGCUCGUCGUGGACGACAUCGAGGAGGAGGAGAUGGAUCCCGCCGCCCACGAGGAGUCUCUGAAGCGGCAGGGGAGCGUGAACAGCCUGCACAGCAAGACGGAGAGCAUCAAGACCCAGCUGGAGGACACCACGCCCCAGCUGUCGAGGGCCCAGUCGGUCAAGUCGCUGCCCAUCGAGGAGGACAUUGAGGAGGGCAGUAACAGCUUCGUGAUGGUCGAGGAGGUGCAGCACGAGCUGAAGUCCACGCCCACAGAGAUCUCAUCGCAGGAAGAGUCGAUGGCAGUCGCCGAAGUGGCACAUUUCGCUCCCAAGAGCGGGCCGUCGUCUCCCCAUUUGGGGCUCCAUCCGCGAAGCCUCUCUCUGGACUCUCUCUACGGAGCACGGCCUGCCUCCAAGCAGGGAUCCCUAGACACCAGCACCACGGACAACACUUCACAGUCGGGCUCCCAGCUGGGCAACCCUCUGGCUACGCCCUCGUCCUCCGGUCCAAAGUCCGGUUCUGGAAAGGUUCAGCACACGCCGCUGAAACAGAAGUCCAAGACGUCGUGCUUCCUGCGGGGGCAGCGUCGCGUGUCGCCCGUCAAGCAGGCCAUCAAGAUGUCCCAGGCAGAGCUGUUCCCCCAGAACAUGGCGCGCUUCGAGAAGCCCCGGGACGCCCUGUUGAAGACGUUCGACCAGCUGGACUCCAACAACUGGGAGACCAACAUGAUCGGCCUAAGGAGCAUGGUGCGCCUGAUCCGCUACCACGCCGACACCCUGGACCACCAGAUGCACAUGUCCUGCAUCCAGCUGACCCGCUCGGUGCGCAACCUGCGCUCCCAGGUGGCCCGCGCCGCCUGCCAGGCCGCAGCCGAGCUGUUCUCGCUCAAGUCCUCUAGCCUGCAGCAGGAAUGCGACGACCUGGUCUGCGCCCUGCUCCACCGCACCGCCGACACAAACCGAUUCCUGCGUGCCGACGCCACCCGGGCUCUGGAGUCGAUGGUGGACCACUCCCCGCCGCCGAAGAUCCUGAACAUCCUCGCCACCAAGGGGGCGCAGCACCAGAACGCCCUGGUGCGCACCACCACAGCCAAGCUGCUCUUCCGGCUGGUGGAGCGGCUGGGCAGCGAGCGAGUCUAUGCCAUGGGCCGGGAGAACCGCGACAAGUUCUUCGUGGUGGGCGCCAACCUGCUCCUGGAGGGCAGCCUGGAGACGCGCAGCUAUGCCAAGUCCCUUUUUCGCGCCCUCUCCGAGCACCACAACUACCAGCGGCUGCUCCUGGAGGUGAUACCGCCGCGCACGUACCGCAAUGUUGAGAAAACGCUGCGAAGCAUCACCCGCUAGGAGCUGGAGGAGCACACCCCACACAUUGUUAGCUCAGACGAUUCUAGUUCAUACAUCUCUAUUUAGAUUCUAAAUGUUUGUAAGAUCUACCCUAAGAUUAAUAAAGCAGUAGAGGCUA